AUGGGCUCGAUGGGUGGCGGGCCCAUCCGGCUGGGUGGUCGCGGGGACGCGACGAUCGCCGGACGGCCGCCUCUGAUCGCAUCAAGGAAGAUGGCGGGCGUUGGAAAGGUCAACAGGCCCUUUGCUCAGACUUGCAGGAUGCCCAGCAGAUGUCCAAAGCCCUCCCCGGGCGUCAGUCUGCCAGCCCAAGGCACUACAACUCACAGAGGCCCCAGGCUGCCUUUGCGUCAACGAGCCAAGUCAUUGAACACCGAUCCUGAACCGCAACACCCAGCUAGGCCAAAUGGCUUCCAAUUCCUGGGCAGCCCACUGAAGGGCCUUCAGCGAGCAGGACCUCAUCUACCGCCAAGGAGGGACAGGGAUGCGGCAGCGGAUGCUGCCGCUGCGGCGGGCGACAAACCCCAGGCAAAGAAGACCUUUCUGGGGUUGGACGUCAAUGUGUGGAUGAAGAUCGUGCCGCUUGGGCUAAUGUUCUUCUGCAUCCUCUUCAACUACACAAUCUUGCGUGACACAAAGGAUGUGUUGGUUGUGACUGCACCAGGGAGUGGCGCAGAGAUCAUCCCCUUUCUCAAGACAUGGGUCAACUUGCCAAUGGCGAUCGGUUUCACCAUUCUGUACGCCCAGUUGGCCAAUGUGCUGAGCACAGAGAUGCUGUUUUAUGCUUGCAUCAUACCCUUCAUCAUAUUCUUUUGGAGCUUCGCAUUUGUGCUUUACCCUCUGAGGGACUUUCUGCACCCAACAGAGUUUGCCAAGCAUCUCCUGGCAGUUGCUGGCCCAAGGUUUGCAGGCCCAAUUGCCAUACUGAGGAACUGGACAUUCUGUCUUUUCUACGUCAUGGCGGAGCUGUGGGGUUCUGUUGUUGUCUCUGUGCUGUUCUGGGGGUUUGCCAAUCAGAUCACAAGUGUUGAUGAGGCCACCACAUUCUAUCCCUUGUUUGGGCUGGGUGCAAAUGUUGCACUCAUCUUUUCAGGGCGUGCUGUGAAGUACUUCUCACAGGUUCGGGCAGGACUGCCACCAGGCGUGGAUGGCUGGGGCCUUUCCCUGAAGGGCCUCAUGGGAAUGGUUGUCAUCGGUGGGCUCUUGAUAGCUGGCAUCUACUACUGGAUGAAUCGCCAAGUUGUGCCCAAUGUCCCGACUCGGGCAGCCAAGAAAAAGAAGGCCAAGAUGUCUGUUGGGGAGAGCUUCAAGUUCUUGGCAAACUCCAAAUACAUUCGUAACUUGGCCACGCUGGUCAUUGCAUACGGGGUGAGCAUAAACUUGGUUGAGGUGACGUGGAAAGGCAAGAUCAAGGCACAGUUCCCCAAUCCCAAUGACUACAGCGCCUUCAUGGGUGACUUCUCGUCAUGCACGGGGGCAGCCACCUUGGUGAUGAUGUUGCUGUCUCGCUUCAUCUUCACAAGGUUUGGCUGGGGUGUCGCUGCACUAAUUACCCCCACUGUGCUGGCCAUCACAGGUGCCCUGUUCUUCGGGCUCAUCAUCUUUGGCGAGCCGCUCCAGCCACUGCUGUCAGCCAUCAACAUGACCCCCCUGUACCUUGCGGUCCUGGUUGGAGCAGCCCAGAACAUUUUCUCGAAGUCCUCCAAAUACUCCCUUUUUGACCCAUGCAAGGAGACUGCAUACAUUCCCCUUGACGAUGAGGUCAGGACCAAGGGCAAGGCAGCGAUCGACGUGAUCUGCAAUCCCCUGGGGAAGUCUGGUGGCGCGUUCAUCCAGCAGAUGCUGAUCAUCAGCUUUGGAUCCCUGGCUGCGUGUGCGCCAUACCUCGCAACGAUCGUCAUUGGCGUUGUCAUCGCUUGGAUCUUUGCGGCCAAGUCGCUGGACAAGCAGUUCACGGAGCUCCAGAAGGAGGAGAUGCGUGCAAAGCUGGCAGAAGCCAAGAGAGAGCUGCUGCAGAAG